GAACCAAAAAUCUUGGGUUUUGGAAGUGACUUCCUUUUCACAUGGACACUAUUGGUAUUAGAUUUGGAGCAACACAAUUAGAUACACACACCAUCUCUUACUUAUUAUUACCAUCAUUAGGGUUUCUUUUUCACACACAAUAGAGAAACCCAUGUCAGGUGUCUGCCAAGAUUUCAAAUUUCCAACAACUAUGGUAGGUCAACUGCUAAUGCAACGUUGACAUUUUCCCAGGCAUGUUUCCUUAAAUGCUAUGCUUUGCUUAUCAUUGCUUCUUUUCCACAAUGUAUGAGUUGGGUUUAUUCCCAAAGCAAGCAAAGAUAGUAACUUUGUACAAAACCACCACAUGGGUGCCACUCUCUCCCAUGAUUCCAACCUCAAAAUCUAGACAUGGCCUAAUUUGAAUUUGGGGUACCAUAUUCUGAAAAUGUAUAGGGUUCACUCUCAAAUCCCUCACCCUAUUCCUGCUCCAUAUUCUUCUUAUGACACUUCUUCUUCAUAUUCCCCCUCAGGCUCUUAUGUCUCUAACUACAUAAAACAUUCAGCUCCAUCUCCAACUUAUGGUUCAUCAGGGAAUAGAAUAAGCCCUGCAAUUCUUUUCAUCAUAGUAAUUUUAGCAGUGGUGUUUUUCAUCUUGGGUCUCCUUCACUUGCUUGUUAGAUUUCUCAUAAAGCACGGGUCUUCUUCAUCAAUUUCCCAAUCAAAUAGAUACCCUGACAUGUCUGAAUCAGAUGCUUACCAGAGACAGUUACAACAGCUCUUCCAUCUCCAUGAUGCAGGCCUGGAUCAGGCCUUCAUAGAUGCUCUCCCUGUCUUCUUUUACAAAGAGAUAAUAGGCUUGAAGGAGCCUUUUGAUUGUGCUGUUUGCCUAUGUGAGUUUUUGGAGCAAGACAAGCUGAGGUUGCUUCCCAUGUGUAACCAUGCUUUUCACAUUGAAUGCAUAGACACAUGGUUGCUGUCCAAUUCAACUUGCCCUCUCUGUAGAGGGACUCUCUAUUCACCAGGCUUUGCCUUUGAGAACUCAACUUUUGACCUUGAAAGUCAAUGUGAGGAAGAUGGGGUUUCAGGCAGUGGUGGAGGUGCUGUUGCUUCUGUUAACAAGACAGUAGAAAGUCACAUAGUGAGUGGGAAAAGAGUGUUUUCUGUUAGGCUUGGAAAAUUUAGAAGCACUAGUAAUGGAGAUGGAGUGGAGAGAGGUGAAGGAGAGAGUAGUAGUGGUAAUUUGGAUGUCAGGAGAUGCUAUUCAAUGGGGUCUUUUCAGUAUGUGGUGGCAGAUUCAGAUCUGAGAGUGGCUUUAGGCCCUUGUAGUAGAGGUGAUGGAGGCAGCAGUAUGAGACAAUUCAAGGGAAGAGGAGCCACAAAUGGAAGUUCUUUCAUUGAUGGGGAUGUUGAGGGAAAGAAAAUCAGCAUUGCAAGGAGAGGUGAAAGCUUUUCUGUUUCCAAGAUCUGGCAAUGGUCUAGAAAAGAUAAGUUGACAAGUUCAUCAGAUGUUGAUUUCCAUAAUUCUGCUGUCACUUCAACUUUGCCAUGGAUGAAUAAAGACAGAGGUACUUGAUACAUGAAGCUAGAUUGUAUUCUGUAUUUUAACUAAUUUCAUAUUUUCGAUGAAGGAAUCCAUUUGUUGAGCUCCUCCUGCUUACUCUCACACUUUGAUUUUACAUUUUUUAUUCGUAGUGAUAGAACUUGUAAAUUGUGCCAUAAACAUAAUCAGGCAAUGCUCUUUGAACUAGAAUCAAUCUUGAGUGUGUAAGGAAUUAACUCCCAAUUCUAUUUUGUGUGUUGUAGUGUGUUUCUAUCAUUAUUUUGUCACAAAUUUAGUUUUUCACAUUACGGUUUUUACAGUACCCUUACUUACACUGUCUUUUAUAGUAAAAAAGAGGGG